AUGUCGGAAGGGGAGCUGACGAAAACACUUCGAGAUUGGCGUGAGUCGCACGAAUUCAAGGCAAACAUAACAAUUAAAGAUGCAACCGAAUUUGUGGGCACCGAUCGUCCAACGAUUCACAAUUUUUUCGAGAAGAUCAACUGUGAAAAACUUAGUCAUGUCAUGAUCGACGAAAUGCAGAUCAACUUCAGUAUGGAAGAAAGUGACUUUGAGGAGAUAGAACGGAAUUGGGUGAACUUGGCUGGCAAAAUUUGCUGCAAAAGCCUUUGGAUCGUUUGGCGGUCUAGUGAUGUAAACUACCCGAAUACCCUUGAUAUAAAUAGCAUCAUGGAUAACUUGGGACCAGAAAAGCUUCAGAUGCUCACUGAAAUAAAAAGAACCACGAAGGAAGUGGGGGAGUUCGUGAUCGAAGUGACCCGAUUCAUUCAGAAGAGGUUCCCAUGCAUGACGUAUCUCCCGAUGCAAGGCCUGGAAUAUCGACUUCAUCGAGGUCGAGAGAAACAAUUGCCCCGAGUCGUCUUCGUCCGAGCCCCCCGCGCUGAAGAUUUUGUUUUCCUCUGGGCAUCCGAUGUCGUCGUGGCGAUUCGAUCAUGGAUGCCGGAUUCCCAACCCUUCACUAUCAUCACCAGGGAAGAAACAGAAAGGAACGUAUUGAUAAAGGAGCUCGGCCGUAGGCUGGGCGGCGGAGUCGCCUUCCUCGACUCCGAGGGGACGCUUCGAGGACGACCCGAACGCGGAUUCCUCGUGCUCUACGAAGAACAAGUGACCGGGAUGUCAUUCCAGAAUCUCAUUCUCUUGGACGAUGCAAUGAACCCCUAUCGGUCUUGGUCUCGCAUGGUGUGGAUGGCCCGCGAGUCCAUGCACAUCGUCACCACGGAUCCACUUCCCUGCGGUCACUGGGAAGAACCUGCACAGAUGGGGCUCGUCACUUGCUGCUCUCUCAGAAACACUAAGAAGUCGAUCGAAAAGCAUCGUCUUCUUCUUCUUCAACUAGAUCAACUAGCUCAACUAGACGAGUCUUCUUAUGAAGAGAUCUCGUGGAGCAAUUUCUCGGAAGAAGGUUAUUGCGCUCCACCAGGUGCCAAGACUGAGGGAAGUAAACUAGAACUUUUCUUUGGGCCGAAUCGUUCCGGCAAGACUGCAUCUCUCAUCGAUAGGUUGAAGCGGAAAGCCGGGAUGGAAGGCGAUGAGGUCGUGAAGCCCUGUGAGGCUCCGUCGAUGAUGAAAGUGGGAAAGAGGAAAGCCGAGGAGGAAUUCGAUGCAGGGGAUGUAAUCAUGAAGGAAUUCAUUGAAGGUAUUAUGAAGGACUUUAUGAUUCCAUCGAUGAAGGAAUUGAUUGAAGGUGUGAUGAAGACCUCCAUGGUUUCGUCGGUGAUGAAAGAUGACGUAGACGACGCUCCUUCGAUGAUGAAAGCACAAAACGAAAGGACGAGCAAAAAACAAAAGAUACCAUCAAAACCAUGGCUGGUCUUUGUAGACUGCAGCAGAUGGGAAAGAAAAACUUAUCCUCGCAGUCUCUCCGUGGUGCACGUGAAAGAGAUGAUGAGAGAAAUUUUCGACGGGAUCGAGAUCUACGACGUCCACGACCUCAUACAGCAGCAUGGGCUCCAGGCCAACUAUUCUCCUUCACCCCAAGUCAUGGAAGAACUCGUGAAGAAGAUGCUGGAGAAGGGAACGAAGGAAGGACGCAGACUCCACGUCGCCUUCGACGACCUACCCGUUCACGGGUAUAACAUGCCUGGAGACACGGCGAGCUUGAGCGCGGAAUGGGGGAGGAUGCUCUCGUCCCUCGAGUCGCACGCUUCUCUGGCUUCUCUCGCCAUCGCCUUCCAGCCGUAUAUCGAAUAUGCCAAGGCCACUUUCGACGUGAAGGAAUUCGAGAAGGGAUUGGGAUUAUCUUUCCAAAUAAAGGUGAGGAUUCUCGAGGGAUGUCACGACGUGGGUUUCCCCAGCCUCAUUCGUUACGUCCUCGCUCACGAAUCUCCCUGGGAGCUUCGGGUGAGGCCGGGGACCCUGAACACCCGGCCUCGUCCUUCCUCCCUCGUGUUCGGGGAGAAACCCGUGCUCGCGACCCCGCCCUCUGGGUUGCACUACCACGGGGGGUGGAAGUGCGUGGGUGGUCGGGGGAGAGGCUGCGUCGCCGUCACCGCUGCAGCCGUGUUUCGCUCUCGCGUUGCGAAAGGGACGAGAAACGCGGUGGUGCUGGUCUCGGACGAAGAGACCAAGCAGACUUUCUCCGAAGCUCUCCGUCUGAUGGACUCGGCGAUCGGGUCGACGGGUACGCCGCGCAUCCGUCACGUGGAGGAAUACAGGGGAUGCGAGAAUUCCGUCGUGAUGUGCGUGGGGGUCGAGGACGCGUGGAUGGUGGAGGGCAUCUCCCGGGCCAUCCACACUCUCGUCAUCGUCGACGGGGGAGCCUCCAAUUCCGCCCGGAGCCGGAUGGGACUCUGGAUGGAAAUGGAAAGAAGGGGCCUCCUCGUCCAUCGCCCCUUGGCGAAUGCUUCCGACCUCGAUUUCCUUUCCGAUGACGACUGGAAGGCGUUGAAUCGAAGAAGCAUCUUCCUCAAGAUCCGUAGGAGUGGUACGAUGGAUGAUGAAGAUGCAAGGAUUUCUUCUCCAGAAGGGGCAAAAAGGAUUUUCGCCAUGGGGAAUAAAGACGCGCGAGCGGGGAUGUGGGAAAUCCUCGAGAACACUCUCUGGGUCCAGGAAGGGUGUUCUGCCGCGGACGUGUUUCUCGCCCGCUCUGACAUGCUGAUCUACGGGACAGGGGGGGAAAUACGGAUUCUUCAUUUAGAGGGGAAGGAUCCCAGUGAGGCCCCUCACGGAUGGGACCACAACCUUCGCAUCGCCCCUUCUUUUCCUUUUAUCGUCGAUGGAACGACGGGGGUCGGGAUGGGGGAAUCACUCUUUCUUGUGGGAGGGCACAGUAAUCCCCGUUCGGGACUCCGACUGGAUCUCCACGGUGGCGAAUGGAUGCCUCUUCCGAAGGUCAUCGAGGGGAGAGUGGAUGCAGCUUUGGUGAUGGGGGACCCUCACAACAUCCUCAUCUUGGGGGGAAGGGACCCCGAAAAGAGGCAAAUUCUCUCCAGCUGCGAGUGCUUGGACACGCGGCAGGGAGCGUGGUCCCCCUUUCCCCUUCCCAUCCCCCUUCCCAUCGUCGGCCACGCAGCGACCAUCUACGGUGAUCACCUAUGCAUUUCGGGGGGAUGGGACGGAAUGGAAUCUCGGGGGGAAGUGUGGAGGUGCAGGGCGAACGAGGAAGGACCCUGGGACACGCUUCCCCCGCUGCAAUUAAACAGAUAUUUCCAUGGGAUGACGUGUGGCAGCGCGGGGGAACUUCAAGUCAUCGGCGGGAUACAUCAAAGGAAAUAUGAUGUCUCGGAAGUCCUCUCCUCGGAGAUGCUGACCUUCGAUGAGGGAAGAGGAUGGGAGAGGCAACAGGAUCUUCCCUUCAAAUAUGUGCUGAAAGCAUGUGAGAUGAAGUGA